AUGUCGUCUCUCCGUCAACGCGAGGUCAAGUCCAACGCGGCCACCAAGCUCAAGGUCGACCUCGAUGAGGUCCCCGAGUCGGCCAAGUUCGUGGUCCCCAGCUUCACGAACAAGCAGCUCUUGGACGCCAUCCCGGCCCACUGCUUUGAGCGCUCGGCCCUCCGUUCGACCUACUACCUCGUCCAGGACCUUGCCGCUGUCGCCGUCCUCGUGUACUGCGCUACCCGCAUCGAGGACGUCCUUGCCUGGGCCGACCUCCCCGAGACCCAGACCAAGGUGGCCCGUGUCACUCUCUGGUUCCUCUACACUCUGUGGACUGGUUUCUGGGGUACUGGUCUCUGGGUUGUUGGCCACGAGUGCGGUCACCAGGCCUACUCGUCGUCCAAGACCAUCAACAACACCAUCGGCUGGGUCGUCCACUCGUGCCUCCUCGUUCCCUACCACGCCUGGCGCAUCUCGCACUCGCGUCACCACGCCGCGACCGGUUCGCUCACCCGCGACGAAGUCUUCGUUCCCCGUAACCGCAAGGAGCGGAACCUCCCUGCCGCCAAGGACGAUGCCGAGAUUGCCGGUCUCAACGUUUCCGAGGAGUCCCAGUCCGCCCUCGCCGAGGCUCUCGACCACGUCCCCCUGGCCAUCUUCUGGGUCGCCAUGUACCAGCUCGCCGGCUUCCCCCUCUACCUCAUCAUGAACGCCGCCGGCCAGAAGAACCGCUACCCCGGCUGGGUCAACCACUUUACCCCUUCGUCGCACAUCUUCCGCUCCACCCACAAGUGGCAGAUCCUCUGGUCGGACCUCGGCAUUAUCCUCGUCCUCUCCGCCUGCGCUUACUGGUCGUACGCUCGCUCGUUCACCGAGAUGAUGCUCUACUACGGCAUCCCCUACCUCUGGGUCAACAACUGGAUUGUGCUUAUUACCUACCUGCAGCACACCGACCCCACCAUCCCCCACUACACGGACAAGCUCUGGACCUUCCCCCGCGGCGCCCUCUGCACCAUUGACCGUACCUUCCUUGGCCCCAUCGGCACCUACCUCGUCCACGGCCUGUGCGAGACCCACGUCUCGCACCACAUCUGCUCCAAGAUCCCCCACUACCACGCCUGGGAGGCCACUGCGGCGCUCAAGACGUUCCUCGGCCAGCACUACCAGCGCUCCGAGGAGAACAUGCUCGUCUCGCUCUGGAAGUCGCACCGCCAGUGCGUCUUCAUCGAGGAGGAGGCCGACGUCGCGUUCUACAAGAACUACCGCGGCCAGGCCGUCAGGGUCGGCGUCAUGUCCGAGCAGGACUCGGGUGUCGACUCGACCCUCUCGGAGGCGUCGUCCAGCUAG